AAAUUCCUUAAAUACGGAUUCAAGGGGGGGAAAUCGCCCCUUUGCACCCCCCCCUAAAAUACGUCCAUGUGACAACACCGUAUAGAAGAUCGUUGCCGCUCAGUUCGUCUAAAUAUGGCGCGGAGACUGAGAACGCGCGAACUGGCACACUGGCUCGCACGGCGGUAUUGUGUGAUAAUAGAAAUCGGCACGCACACAAACGCGCCGUUAUCAUUCUGCGACGACACAACAUUGCUAUUCGAAGCAUUUUAUCAACUCCCGCGGCCGUUGGUCACCAUCAUAAGGUCGUAUUUCAUUUUUAUUUUAUUUAUCACCUUCGAGCGUAGCGAUCGCUCGAGUUGGAGACCACCGUCGUUGACGUUCGCAGCUCGUCCGAAAAUCGUCGUCUAGUUGAACCGAUCAGUGAGAAGUAGUUAUAAGUCACUGACCGACCACGUUAUGACGUCUUCCAAGUAUUGUUUGAAAACCCGUAACAGGAUAAAACUUCCCAAUGCCAAGAAUUUGGACAAUGAACAGGACCAUGAUUUGUUUCUGUCCAAAUUGACUUCAGCCCUUUGCUGCGAGAAUUUCAGCAAACUGCCAUUGAAUUCGAAUUUGGGACGUUUGCCUUUAUCUGAGUUAGCUCAAGAACUCAAAACUGGAAAAUUAAUAUCAACAUUUGAAGAUUAUUAUACUGACAGUGAAGAUGAAUCUCCCUAUGUAUAUACGUGUUCAUUUGUACUAGCAAUAGUGUAUUUUGAACGGCUCAAAGCAUCAAAUCCUAGUUAUUUGAAAUCAGUUAACUCAUCAGAAUUAUUUCUUAUAUCUUUGUUGGUUGCCAGUAAAUACCUUCAUGAUGAUGGCGAAUUAGAUUCAGCAAUUAAUAGUGAAUGGGCCGCAGCUUAUGGUAUUAGUAUUAAAACAAUCAAUCAAAUGGAAAAAGAUUAUUUAUCUGCAAUGAACUGGGAAUUUUUUAUUAGUGAUGAAGAAUUUAAUGUUAGACAUAAGCAGAUAGUCAACCAACUAUUUGUUGAUAUGAAAAAAUCUAACUCCGUCUUAUUUAAAAUAUUCAUAUUGAUCUCAUCUGUUGUACAAAAAAUUAGAAAGUUGUACCGCAAGAAGAUUUUACAUCAGAAACUAAAACAAAUGAUUGCUAUGUCCACUGUUAUCACUGUGGUAACUGCAACAGCUAUGCAGCUCAAAAUAAACUCAGGAAAUCAAAAUUUGGUUCAAGAAUUGUUUGAACAAAUUGAGUCAGAUCCAAAUUAUCCAAUGAUUCCAUCUUCUCGGGCAAACAAUAUAGCAAAUUCGGAACACACAAAAGACAUUCCUAAAGAAUGGCAUUCAUCUAAAUUAGCACAAUUAUUAGAUCAUUUGUUACUGAUGAAAACUUGUGUAUCUGAUGCUCAUUUGUCAGGCCAAACCACCCUUAGUAAACCAAAUGAAAAUCGAUUUCGAAAUAUUACACAUUUCAAAAGUAUUGUUUUUUUUAACGACCUUAUUUAUUUAAAUUAUACAUCAUGAAAAUAAGAUUUAUAAAUCACAA